AGAAGAAGAAAAGGAAGAAAUCAGGAUGAUAAACGUGAUUUGGGGGACCCUGGAGACACUGGAUGAACAAAUCGAGGAGGGAGAUGCGUGCCAUGAUUCAACAAUGUUAUCAGACAGCUAAUUAUUUCUUUUCAGGAACUGAUUCUUUUGCCAAGUUCAGGCGAUGCCCCAGAAGACUGUUUUAAAAGGUGACAUUUAGGUGUGGCGCAUUUCUUUCUAAAAACUCUAAAAAGAGCCGCAGAUGUUGCUUCCUGGAGUACACUGAUGGUGCUCAGAUGAUUGCUCAUCACUAUCUCUCUCUCUCUCUCUCUCUCUCUCUCUCUCUCUCUCUCUCUUGCUCUCUCUUUCUCGCUCUCCUCUCCCCUCCCCCUGGUGCACACGCACACACACCACAUACACACACACACACACACAGAAACUAAUGUGAGUUCCCCUAUCUGUCAGAGCCAGUUCCUCCAUUUAAGAUGCUGACUUGUUUAUAGUUGAAGGGACAAGUGAAUGACUUUUUUUAGCACUUGCACUCUACUUUGAAGCUUGUUUAAGCCUUUUUCUUUUAACAUGUCUGCUUUGUUGCAGGCACGGGGAGCGUGAAGUCUGUUUUGAUGCUGAUUUGUGGUUGAUAGAUAUCUUCAGAUAGCGGAGAGAGAGAGGUUGACUGACACACUGAGUGGUUUGAUAAGCAGGGCGCUAAACUCAGGGAGCCGAGCCGAGUUUAGUCUAGUUGAUGACUGGUAGGUGAGCAGCCCUCAGCAGCUCUCCGUCCUGUGCCCGCUCCUGCUGUCCUGGGCACAUAAACACAUAGAGGACACAGAAGAGGAGGAGGAGGAGCAGGGUCAACCAUGGAGCUGUAGGGACACGCUCAGAUGUCCGUGUGGAUCACCAGUGGAGGAGGAGUGCUGCCGAGGAGAAGAGCUCUACAAUGAACAAGACCAAGAGGAAACCCAGUGAGAGCCCUGGUGUGCUGAAGAGCAGGAAGCUGGUCCCACGGAGGAGGAAUACAUGUCCCAGUCCUCAGGACAUCAGCCGGGCCCUGCAGAGCCCCAGCUCUGCUCCCAGCGCCAGUGCUGCCAGCCUGGAUGAGCUCAUACAGCGCUGCCUAAACUGCUUUGGUCAGUCUCUGUCUCUGUGUGUUUGCAUGCAUUCCCAAGAUUCAGAGGGGAAGCUCUCCAGCCCCAGAGGGUCCCAGCUCGUCCACAUGAUGCUGAUGAUGCACAGCUGGGUCGUGCCAUCUCAGACAUUCGCCCAGAAACUUCUAACCCUUUAUAAGGAUUGUCCCUUGGACAAGAGAGGACUGAGGCGGACACAGAUCUGCCACCUUAUCAGGCAGUGGAUCAGCCAGUUUCCGGCAGUGUUCGAGGCAGGCCCCCUCCUCGAGCAGACCAUGGGGGACCUGUGGGCGCUGGUUCGGUCGGACGGAGAGGAGACGCAAUCGCAGCUCAUCGACCCCUCCUGCUUAAACCCUCAUGGGAACAUAUCCCAGGCACCCUCACCCUCUGUGAAGAAGAGGAAGGUGUCUCUGAUCUUCGACCACAUGGAGCCAGAUGAGAUGGCCAAGCAUCUCAGCUACCUGGAAUUCAAUAACUUUUGUAACGUUUCAUUCCUGGACUACCACAGCUACGUGGUGCGAAGUUCGGUGAGGGACAACCCUGCUCUGGAGCGGUCGGUCAUGAUGUGUAACGGAGUCUCCCAGUGGGUCCAGCUGAUGAUCCUCAGCAGACACACAGCUCAGCAGAGAGCCCAGGUCUUCACCAAGUUCAUUCACGUGGCUCAGAAGCUUCGGGCUCUGCAAAACUUUAACACUCUAAUGGCAGUAACUGGAGGCCUCUGUCACAGCUCGAUCUCCCGCCUCAAAGACACUUCUAACCUGCUUACUCCUGACAUCACUAAGGCCCUGAGUGAGAUGACAGAGCUGCUCUCCUCGCGCAGCAACUACAGCAACUACCGGCGGGUUUACAACGAGUGCAGCGGCUUCAAGGUGCCCAUCCUGGGCGUGCACCUGAAAGAUCUGAUCUCGCUGAAUGAGGCCCUGCCAGACUACAUCGACGAGGACAAGAUCAACCUGAGCAAGCUGCAGCACCUGUACAGCAACAUAAACGACCUGCUGUCCAUUCACAGCUGCACACCGCCCUUCGAGACCAACAAGGACCUUCUGCACCUGCUCACGCUCUCUCUAGAUUUAUACUACACCGAGGAUGAGAUAUAUGAACUUUCGUACACCAAGGAACCCAAGAAUCCCAAGAUCCAGCCUGUAGCUCCAGUUAAAGCACCAGUAGUGGCAGAGUGGGGAUCAGGAGUCACCCCCAGGCUCGACCCUGACACCAUAUCUAAACACGUCAAACAGAUGGUGGAUUCCAUAAUGAAAAACUACGACCAGAACCAAGAUGGCUACAUCUCACUGGAAGACUUUGAGAAAAUAGCAGCCAACUUCCCCUUCUCCUUCUGCACUCAUGAAACUGACAGGGAGGGACAAAUCAGCCGUGAAGAAAUCACCUCUUACUUCAUGAGGGGAAUGUCUAUAUGUGCCAAGUUGGGCUACAACUUCAAAGACGUGCAUAACUUCCAUGAAACCACAUACAAACGGCCAACGUUCUGUGACACAUGUGGAGGCUUUCUGUGGGGAGUCAUCAAGCAGGGCUACCACUGUAAAGACUGCGGGAUAAACUGUCACAAACACUGUCGAGAUCUGGUGGGGAUGGAGUGCUUGAAGAAACACAAAAACACAACGGGUUCCUGCCCGUGCACGCCCGCCCCUGACUUAAGAACCAAGGGCAACAGCUGGAGUUCGGAGGAGGAGGCCUUCGUUUUCCCACAAAGUAACGAGACAGAACACGAAAAGGGCACUUCGGUCUGGAAAAACAACACCAGUGAUUCAACGCUGUCGGACCGCUCCACUCAGACAGAUCCUGGGGUGUGGACACCUGAGAAAAAAGACAAGAGGCGAAACAACCACAACUCUCUAUAUUCGUCCCCAGAUAGAAAGGUCAACACGUUGCCUUCAAGAGCCCGAGGUUGCUCGAUGCCUGUUUCCUUCUUGCAGGAGAAGAUGGAGGAGCUGCAUCUCUACAAAGACAAGAGCAGAGAGCCGGACUGAGCACGCUACUGUCUAACAUUUCCCCACAUGGACAAAAACAUUCAGACGCCAUCACGUUUCUGACAGAGCUGUGUCUGACUGGUUGAACUGAUGAGAUUUACUGGCCAUUCACUUUAGAGUGCCAGCGAUUAUAAAUGGACUCCUUCAUGUUUCAAGUAUGCCUGUGACUUGUUUUUAAUUUUAUUUUUGUCAGUCUUAUUAGUUUGGCUUAUUGUUUAGGCUCUGAACAUUGAUUAUACUGUAAUUUAUGAACACCUCAUUUUGUUUUUAGAACAUGUGCCUUGGUUCUCUGGUGCUAAGAUUCUACACAACCUCAAUCCACAAGGUUUUCCUGAUCAAAUAUACUCAUUAUAAAUGCAGGGUAGGAAAUUAACACUAACCUCAAUACAAUUCUGGUUCAUUUUAACUUUGGCAGCUACAGUAUGACAACUUUGCUCAUCAAUUUGGAAAGUAAGCGGGUAAAAACUAAGAAUAUCUAUUUGUUUGGCUUUGCAUUGGGUGAUAUGAUGGUUGUCUAGUUGUUCAUUAUCUCUAGUUUAAAAGGCCAGACAAUUUUCCAUAUCAUCGAAGCCCUGUCUUUAUGGCAAUCUUGGCUUUAUUGGAAUUUUGCAUUAUUGAUUAGCUACCUUGAGUUGGCAUUCUGGUUUGUUUCUCAGUUAAAUUAUCCAGAAAGUUUCUACUGCUAUCAAAAACAAUGUAAAUUUAUAUACAAUGUGACUUAAGACUGUCCAUAUCACCCACUCCUAGUUUGGUCGGUAAAUGGUGAUGGGAGCUUGUGAAGCCAUGGUAACUAGAAGAAAUUGUUUAUUUCCUGCCCUGACUACAUUUGAUUUUCAAAUAUCUGCAGAAGUUCAUUCAAGGUUCAGCAGGACUGCACUGGAACUGUAUGUAUGCUCCAAAAUGGUCAUAUGGUCAAUGGUUAUUUUUAACUAAAUGCUUCGUUUUGUCCUUUG